AUGGACUCGCUUUCAAGCUCAAUAUGUCGGUCCUGCCGCCUCCGGCUCCUUCAAUCAUCCCCAUACCGACCCUUCAGCACGUCCUCCUCCCGACUGUACAUCCCACCCGAAUCUCCCGCCUACAUCGACGUCCCUCAACCACUCCAACCAGUUCGUGACGGCAAGCCUCGAGCAAAAGGCAUCCUGCCCCUACCACGAGAACUCUUCCCCGCCCGCCGUCCAGACAAGCCCAGCCAGGGAUAUCUCGCCAACGUCACGCGCGAUCCCCUGCCCAAGAACGUCCCAUCUGAAGAACAACUCACCGAGACGGGCAAAUAUAAACGGCGCAUGGCCGCGCUGCGGAAGACGCAUCUCCGCUCGAGUCUAACAGAGCUGCACGCUCGAAAGACAUCAAUCGACAACACCAUUGCAUCCCGGAGUGCAGCCAAACAGCUCGACCGGGCGAGACUUCUCUCUCAAUCGGAACGCGAAGACGCACGCCUUACGAACAUCUCUAUCCCCAGCGCCAUGCGGCCGCAGAAGCUGCAUCAAUUGACGCCAGAAGAGGAGCGGGAAAUCUACGACGCGCGUCUCGCUGCCCACCAAGCCACGCUGGCCGCAAAACAUGAGGACCGCCUCGAUAACCUCCACACGCUGUACAUGAAUGCGCGGAACUUCAUUACCACGAAAGAACAGCUCGCGGCCGCGAUCGACCAGGCGUUCGACUCGAGCAGAUCGAUCUGGGAUAAGGAGGGCAAGCCGGAUACCGUCGAGACGAUGAUUGCUCGGGGCAGGGAUCGGUCCGCGGACGACGGACGCGGUGGAACCAUGUUGCCUGGCGAUGUCACGGAGCGGGCGAGGAAGGAUCAAGAGCGCAUGAAGAAGAUUGCAGAGCGGUUGAGUGGUGGGAAGUUGUGA